AUGGGCCCGUCCAGGCCCCCAUCCUUGUUCCCUGGGAACCCUCCCAUCGCCCUUUCCACCCCGCCGAAAGGAAGGGGCCCCCCUCCCUUUAAUUCCCCGGAACAAAGGGAAUCCUUCACCGGAGGGGGGCCCCGCAUCCUGUGUUUCUGGGCCCUGGAGCGUUUCCCUUUUUGUCUUUCCCCAACGAGUCCAGGGGGGAAAAGCGUUUUGGCGUCCCCCGGAGGUUUCCUGGCGUGGGCGGUUUUCCCGUUUAACUCCGACCCACCCAACACCCGGGCUGUAAGGGACCCUCAAGCCCCGGGAGGGCCCCUGGCCAAGCCGGGGGAAACGUCAGCCCCCGGAGGGUCCCAGGCCCCGGCGGAACGUCCAAGCCCCCCGGAGGGUAAACCCGGGACGCCGGCCGGCCGCCCCAAACCUGGGGGGUCCGACCGGGCCCAAAAGGGGGCCGCCCCGCCCCCCCAGGCCCCAGGAAAAAAAGGGCCCCGCAUCCACGCAAAGGGGCCCUCGUUCUCACUCUCCCUGGGGAGGGGGCCCGGGCCACCCAGAAAACCAGGGGGACCUUGGUUCGUGUCCCCCUAA